AUGUUCACGCCUCCCGAAACGGGGAAGAUCCGCACGUUGCUCCAAAGAUGGGCCAAUGAUCGCCCAAAGGCGAUUCAUUGGUGUCAGAGUGCUUGCAGACUCACGGCCAAAGUCUCGUUCUUUGCCCUCUGCUUCGAGGGCAAGCGGCGUGCCGGUUACGGAGAAACGAGCGUGCUUCUCCGGUCCAGCCUCACAAUGAAUCCAGAGGUGGCCUCUGGUCCUGGCUGGGCUUCGAGGGCGCUGGCGCAGGGCCGGGCCCGGGCCAGACCCCCUGCGCCUCUUCCAUCCUCUUCCAUUGCGGUAAACUUGAUAGUGCUUCACCUCGGCUGCAUGGCUUGGAAGCCUUCCGGUAUGAAGUUGGACAUGACUCUCGACGAGCUGGCAGAGAAGCCCGGGCGCAGGGGGCAAAGGGGGGAGGAGUGCUCGGGAAACAGCGUCUUUGUCGGAAAUCUGCCCUACAGCUGCACCUGGCAGGAACUGAAGGAUCACAUGCGGCAAGCAGGAGAUGUGCUGCACUGCGACAUCCUCGCCGAGCCCGGGACGGCCUUGGGAAGCAAGGGCUGCGGUCUGGUGGAGUUUGCCAAUGCGGCUGCUGCGACCCGAGCCGUGAAUCAGCUGACAGAUACCGAGAUCAAAGGGCGCAAGAUCUUUGUCAGGGAAGAUCGGGAGCCCCGGCGACCGGCCCAAGGCCGCAAAGUGUUCGUCGGGAAUCUGCCCUACAGCGUGACUUGGCAGGCCUUGAAAGACCACAUGCGGCAGUGUGGCGAAGUCCUUCGCUGCGACAUUCUGGCGGAGCCGGGCACUGCGAUGGGAUCCAAGGGCUGCGGUAUCGUGGAGUACGCCUCCGCCGCAUCGGCGCAGAGGGCCAUUCGAGACCUGUCCGAUUCGGAGCUGAAGGGCCGGCUGAUCUUCGUGCGGGAGGACCGUGAGGACGACGCCCCAUACCGAGGACGGCGCCUGCAGGAUCGUGCACCGGCCAUGCGGGCACGGAGUCGGUCCUACGACGAUCGGAAGUGGCGACCGGUUCGUGGAGGCUACCCCGCCGAGGGCGGCGGAGGGAGCGGCUGCCGAGUCUUUGUCGGGAACCUGGCCUACAGUGUGACCUGGCAGGAGCUCAAGGACCACAUGCGGGAUGCCGGCCAAGUGAUGUUCUGCCAGAUCCUCAAGGAGCCCGGCACCGCGCUGGGUUCGAAGGGCUGCGCGCUGGUGGAGUACAGCACCCCCAGGGAGGCAAGGAAGGCUAUCAACAUGAUGACCGACAGCGAGCUCCGAGGAAGGAAGAUAUGGGUGCGAGAGGACCGUGAGGAGUGA